GAGAGCUGUGCUGUUGCAGGUUUUAUGGCAGACGGGUGGCAGAAGGCUUUUAACUUUAUCUUCGAAAUAAUUCUCUCUAUUCUCUCUUUUGGAGUACUCUCGCUGGCCCCUGUAUUUAGAGAGCACUGCCAGAACGAUGUGAUGGAACAAACAAGCUCGUCGUGAUCUUCGUCGCGCCCCAGAACAUUUACAUCAAAAAUUAAAUAAAUACAUUUUUUAACAAAAAAUACUCAGAAAACCGGAAAACUCUUUGUAUCUCUUCUCUCUCCAUCUCUGUAUCUCUCUCCCCCUCUCCCUCAGAUGUUCUGGAAUCCUUCGACGUCGUCGUUUAAUGUCUGUAAUUGGAAGAGCUUUUCUGCCAUUCCUUCUAUCCAACACAACGUUCUUUGCCUAUUUCCAAGUGAUUACAAAAGCUUAGCUUUUGUUUCAAGAACUCUGCCUCUUUUCAGUCUACUCUAAAGAGGAGAUGUAACCUUGUAAGCAUGAAGGGUGUCAUCGUUACCGCUGUCUUACUCGAAAGUGUUGCUUGAGAUGGAUUUCCUGUGUUAAUGUGAGAUUUUCCUGCCGGGGCCGUGAUGGCAUUUCGUCAUGCGCUGCUUCUUCUGAUUUUCCUUUCUUGUCUGAACUUUAGUUCGUCGGUCUCGAAUGACGGAGCUACGUUGUUGGAGAUCAAGAAAUCCUUUCGGGAUGUGGACAACGUGCUAUAUGACUGGACGGAUUCACCGUCUUCGGACUACUGUGCAUGGAGGGGGAUAACCUGCGACAAUGUGACCUUCGACGUCAUUGCACUGAACUUGUCGGACUUAAAUCUUGGUGGAGAAAUCUCGCCUGCCAUCGGUGAUUUGAAGAGCGUACUCUCCAUUGACUUGAGGGGAAACCGUCUCACUGGACAGAUCCCUGAUGAGAUUGGUGGCUGUUCAUCUUUGAAGAGCCUGGAUUUGUCCUUCAACGACAUCUUUGGGGAUAUACCAUUUUCAAUCUCAAAAUUGAAACAGCUAGAGUCCCUGUAUUUGAAAAAUAACCAUCUGAUUGGACCAAUUCCUUCAACAUUAUCUCAGAUUCCUAACUUGAAGAUUUUGGACCUGGCACAGAACAAAUUAAGUGGGGAAAUACCCAGGCUCAUUUACUGGAAUGAAGUUCUGCAGUAUCUGGGAUUGAGAGGGAACAAUUUGGUAGGCACCUUGUCUCCUGAUAUGUGCCAAUUGACUGGACUGUGGUAUUUUGAUGUAAGAAACAAUAGCUUAACUGGAAGCAUUCCCCAAAAUAUUGGCAAUUGUACUGGCUUCCAGGUCUUGGAUUUGUCCUACAACCAGCUUACCGGAGAGAUUCCAUUCAAUAUUGGAUUCCUACAAGUAGCUACAUUAUCUUUGCAAGGAAACCAGCUUUCUGGGAAGAUACCAUCAGUGAUUGGUUUGAUGCAGGCUCUUGCUGUACUGGAUUUGAGUUGCAAUCUGUUAACUGGACCUAUUCCUCCCAUUCUUGGCAAUCUGACUUACACUGAGAAAUUGUACCUGCAUGGCAACAAAUUGACAGGUCCUAUUCCACCAGAACUUGGGAACAUGACAAAGCUCCACUACCUGGAAUUGAAUGACAAUCAGCUCACUGGGAAAAUUCCCCCUGAGCUUGGGAAGCUCACUGAUUUGUUUGACCUCAAUGUGGCUAACAACAAUCUUGAAGGGCCAAUGCCUGAUAAUCUUAGUUCAUGCACAAAUCUCAAUAGUCUAAAUGUGCAUGGCAAUAAUUUGAAUGGAACCAUCCCACCUGAAUUUGAAAGGCUUGAGAGUAUGACAUACUUGAAUCUGUCUUCAAACAAUCUUAAGGGCCCCAUCCCAAUUGAGCUGUCUCGAAUUGGCAAUUUGGAUACUCUGGAUAUUUCCAAUAACAAGAUUAGUGGCUUCAUUCCCUCUUCCCUUGGUGACUUGGAGCAUCUUCUAAAACUGAAUUUAAGCAAGAAUCAUUUAUCUGGAGUCAUCCCGGCAGAGUUUGGGAACCUGAGGAGUAUCAUGGAUAUAGACCUUUCAAAUAAUCACCUCUCAGGUCCAAUUCCUCAGGAACUUGGUCAGCUACAGAAUUUGUACUCUCUGAAGCUAGAGAAUAACAACUUAUCAGGGGAUGUGCUGUCUCUAAUCAGCUGCUUUAGUCUUACCAUCCUGAACAUAUCUUAUAACAAUCUAGCUGGCGAUAUUCCUACUGCCAAUAACUUCUCAAGGUUUUUGCCAGAUAGCUUCAUUGGAAAUCCUGCUCUAUGUGGCUAUUGGUUCAGUUCAGGAUGCCAUGUAUCCCAUCCACCAGAAAGAGCUUCGAUUUCUAAAGCAGCUAUCUUAGGGAUUGCCUUGGGUGCGCUUGUGAUCCUUCUUAUGAUAUUGGUGGCCGCAUGUCGGCCACACCAUCCAGCACCAUUUCCAGAAGGAUCUCCAAGUAAACCAGUUAACUAUACGUCACCCAAACUGGUUAUUCUUCAUAUGAACAUGGCUCUACAUGUGUACGAGGAUAUAAUGAGGAUGACCGAGAAUUUGAGUGAGAAGUAUAUAAUUGGUUAUGGUGCAUCAAGCACAGUGUACAAAUGUGUGCUGAAGAAUUGCAGACCAGUGGCCAUCAAGAGAUUGUACUCUCAUCAUCCACAGAGCCUUAAGGAGUUUGAGACAGAGCUUGAGACAAUUGGGAGCAUCAAGCACCGAAAUUUGGUCAGCCUCCAAGGUUAUUCCUUGUCUCCCUGUGGGAACCUUCUGUUCUAUGACUACAUGGAGAAUGGCAGUCUCUGGGAUCUGCUACACGGCCCUACAAAGAAAAAGAAGCUCGACUGGGAUACUCGCCUUCAAAUAGCACUAGGAGCAGCUCAAGGAUUGGCAUAUCUCCAUCAUGAUUGCAGCCCACGAAUAAUCCACCGGGAUGUUAAGUCAUCCAACAUUCUCUUGGAUAAGGAUUUUGAGGCCCAUCUUACAGACUUCGGUAUAGCCAAGAGUUUAUGUAUAUCCAAGUCUCAUACCUCAACCUACAUUAUGGGCACUAUUGGCUACAUUGAUCCUGAGUAUGCCCGCACCUCUCGCCUCACGGAGAAGUCCGAUGUUUACAGCUACGGGAUUGUACUGCUUGAGUUGCUGACUGGUAGGAAAGCAGUGGACAACGAUUCAAAUCUCCAUCAGCUGAUCAUGUCCAAGACUGCGAACAAUGCUGUUAUGGAGACUGUUGAUCCGGAGAUCACUGCCACAUGUACAGAUCUCGGAGCAGUAAAGAAGGUAUUUCAGCUUGCUCUCCUCUGCACCAAGAAACAGCCCUCCGAUCGACCAACAAUGCAUGAGGUAACGCGCGUCCUUGGUUGCCUCAUGCCUUCUUCUGAAACUAAACAGUUGGCUCAACCUCCAUCAGCACCCCCGCCGGCAGCCAAGGUGCCUAGCUACAUGGACGAGUACGCCAAUCUCAAGAACCCACACAUGAUAAACUGUGCAUCCCUCGGCACCUCUGACGCACAACUAUUCCUGAAAUUCGGAGAGGUAAUAUCGCAGACUACCGAGUGACAAAAAAAAAUGUAAAGCUCUCUAUACGGAAUGCGUAUGAAGAUCUAUCACUCCAUCAUUCAUAUGCAUAUAAUUGGUAAGAAAAGAUUGAUGAUUCCACUUGUAGUUUUCUAUAGAGUAAGGUGUACAGUGUUUGCAUUGUGGCAACUUUAGUAGAUUUUGGUAUUUUCUUACCUUUCUGUCAGGCCGUAGUUGUGAUACACAGGCUUUGGUUUCUGAUGUCUGAACCGUUGGGGUCCGGUUAACCCAGUUGAGCAUUGCUCCAGUCUGCAAUUUUUCUUUUUUCCUUUUUACAGUACCAGUCCUUGUCUCCAGAUAAUAAUGGAGCUGGGUCUGCCUGCAAACCUGUCCAGGCUCCAGCGUCCAGCUGGUGUGUAGUAUCUAUCUAUCUAGUGGCUCCACAGGGCAUUCUCCUUGAAA